CUGAUGCCAGUGAAAGCAUCACAAGCACAGCGGUCAGAGCAAGUUGGCACUAAUUUGUCACCUCGCUAUCGCUGACUUUAGGACAAAGUUUUGCUGAGAGAAGUCUGACUUGUGUGAACAAAAAAGUUAGCAGCCGACAUUUUGAAAUGUUCGAGCAGUCGUGGGCGCUUGAGGCUGACAUGCAAGAUGCGAGCACGGCGCCUGUGCAGGCUGAGUCAGCAAAGAAGAUGGAUCGAGUGCGUCGUCCACGGAGCUUCACCAGAGAUAUCAACGGAAACGUUGAGCUGACCACAAGCAAACGAAGUGGAAAGUGUGAAGAAGAGAAAAUAGACCCGGCUGAAGUGUCCCUGCUCAACAAAAUGAUCCGCCGUUGUCUGGUGAGGAACCGGAACGAAGUGGAGGUCCUGCAGAGGGACCCCACCUCCCCACUGUUCUCCGUCAAGACCUUCGAGGAGCUUCGCCUGAAACCGGAGCUGUUGAGGGGGGUCUACGACAUGGGCUUCAACAGGCCUUCCAGGAUCCAGGAGAAGGCUCUCCCUAUGAUGCUGGCACAGCCACCUCAGAAUCUCAUUGCCCAGUCCCAGUCAGGCACAGGAAAAACUACUGCUUUUUCACUGGCUAUGCUCAGCCACGUCGACCCCGCCCACAAGUGGACCCAGGCUCUUUGCAUCGCGCCAACAUAUGAGCUGGCCCUGCAGAUCGGUCAGGUGAUGGAGCAGAUGGGCAAACACUACCCCAAUGUCAAGCUGGCAUACGGCAUCCAAGGCAAUCGAGUGGAGCGAGGCAGUAAGUUGCAGGAGCAGAUCGUCGUGGGAACCCCGGGCACCAUCCAGGACUGGUGCACCAAGCUGAAGUUCAUAGAUCCCAAAAAGAUCACCAUGUUUGUGCUGGACGAGGCUGAUGUCAUGAUCGCCACUCAGGGUCAUCGUGACCAGAGCAUCCGCAUCCACAGGCAACUAACAAAGGACUGUCAGAUGCUCUUCUUCUCGGCCACCUUCGAGGAGGAGGUAUGGCGGUUUGCAGAGAUGAUUGUUCCAGAGGCCAACAUCAUCCGUUUGCGACGUGAGGAGGAGACGCUGGACACCAUCAAACAGUUUUAUGUGCUCUGCAGGAGCAAGGAGGACAAGUUCACCACUCUGUGUGAACUCUACGGGAGUAUGACUGUGGCACAAGCCAUGAUCUUCUGCCAUACUCGUAAGAUGGCGUCUUUAUUGUCCUCUCACAUGACCAAGCAAGGCCACGUUGUGGCACUGCUGAGCGGGGAAUUGACUGUGGAGCAGAGAGCUAACAUCAUUGAACGCUUUAGGACCGGCAAGGAGAAGGUUCUUGUGACAACAAAUGUUUGUUCUCGAGGUAUCGAUGUGGAGCAGGUGUCCCUGGUGGUCAACUUUGACCUCCCCGUGGACAGAGAUGGGAACGCCGACAACGAAACGUACCUUCACCGGAUUGGCCGCACGGGACGCUUUGGCCGGCGAGGCUUUGCUAUCAACAUGGUGGACAGCCAGCACGGCAUGGAGGUCAUCAGGCAAAUCGAGAUUCAUUUUGCUUUGUGUCCUUAUUCAUCCUGCAGACAGGAAAAUCCCCAAACUUGAAACAGGGAAUGUUGAAGAAAUGGAAAAACAGCUCAACUGAACAGUUGCACCAACUCAGCACAGUGACUUUCAUCUACAGUGGCUCUUCCACAGGUUCAUUGUUUACAUUACAUGUUGACUAUGCAGACUUCUGAAGGUUUCUUUGAUGCACUUUUGAUUUAAAUGUUGACUUAAAGCUAAGCGCAAAGCUAGCUGUUGUGUACUACUACUUUGUUUGCAGUGGUUUUGCAGUGAUUUUUGUUGUUUUACUGGGAAUGUUAAUAUUGCAUAUUUUUGUGUGCCUAAACAUUUAGUCUGUUUCAGACUGCAGUGGCGCUGGUUACUACUUUCUUUUGUCAUCCUUUCAAUUUUGCUGCUGUGAGCUGCAUGGUUGUCCAUGAAUAAGGACAACAAACACCAAUGAUAUAUAAACACACUGUUGCCUUUAAA